UCACGGCCAAGUCCUAUCAAAAGCCUUGCCGCUUCCAAGGGAUAGCGAAAAUGUAGCCAUGUACCGAAGAUACAGAUACACACUAAAGUGAAAAAUUCAGUUUAGUUAUAGAGAUUUUUCUUUGUGGUCGAGGUGUCUUGUGAAACCCGUAAAAAAUUGCAAAUUUAUUGAAAAAACUAACAAAUUUCGAGAAUGCGAAGUCCCUCGGCAGCAGUUUCGGCAAUGCUAAGGAUUUGUCUGAUAUAAUGACUGGCAGCUUUAAGGUGCAACUCAUCAACAUGGGCACUCGUGCUGCCGCCUUUCAGGCAAAAUUGAGAGCCCUUCAUGAAUACCAUGUACGCCUAUUGCACAAUGUCUUGCCCGCGCCCUCUGGCGUUGAUAUUGCUAACAAUAUCAAAUACUUUUCUCAAACUCUAUUAACUGUCCUUAAAGAUGUGCGCACUUCACCGCACGAACUUAUACGCGAUCCUCUUGAAGAUCCCACUCGAAUGUCAGCCUAUCCCAAUCUAGAAUAUGGCAAUCUCUAUAAUGCCCUAACUAUGCUCAUUGAUGUAGCACCUUGCAUACAGUAUGGACAAAUUGUUUUCGGCAAAGCUCUAUUGCAGUGCCUAAGCUGCAUUUUACCCUUUCUUGAUAAGGACCUUAUUGAUAAUCUACCCUAUCUAGUUAGUUCUACUAUAUCUGUAUUACCGCCAGCAUUACAUCAGGAUAUUGUUAAUGCUCUAUGCUAUUAUAUCUUACCCUUUACUAUAACACGCCGCAGCUCUGAUGAACAGGAAUGUCAGGCCUGUCAAUCUGUCUCAUCCGUCAUAAUGAUGGUCCUGCAGUACUCUAAUAAUCCAGCCCAUCAUUGUCAGCUAUUGGAGUGCUUGAUGACCCUUAAACACAAUGUGGUCAAGGAUAUUCUUUGUGUAGUGGCCUAUGGCACAGCAGUUUCGCGUUAUGCAGCGGCCAAACUUCUUUUCUACUAUUGGCCUGCUUUUGAUCCCAAUUUGUUUGAUCGCAAAGUUUUACUAUCGAAAUUAACUAAUGACCUUGUCCCCUUCACCUGUCAGAGAGAACAUUGUCCCAAUGCUGGCAAUGCCGAAGCUGCCAAAGUCUGCUACGAUCAUAACAUAAGCAUAACCUAUGCCCCAGACUGUCCGCCGCCGUUGUAUCUUUGCAUCGAGUGUGCCAAUGAAAUCCAUCGGGAACAUGGUAGUUUGGAGUUUGGCGACAUUCUCCAUCCCAUGCAGCAGGUCUCGAUGGUUUGUGAGAAUAAGAAUUGUCGCUCCAAUGAGAAAUCGGCCUUCUCCAUUUGCUUUUCCACCGAAUGUGCCAGCUACAAUGGCAAUCAUCCCAUACGGUAUUGUGCUCAGUGUCACAGCAAUCGUCAUAAUUCACGUCGCGGUGGCGACCAUGUAGUCCAUCGUAGUCUUCAGCCCGCCUGGCAAAUGGAUCCCGAAAUGCAAAUGCAUAUGGUAGAAUCGGUGGUGAGUCUUUUGCGCGAGGCGAAACCAUUGAAUUUUGAGCCUGGCAAGGAGUCCUCGUCGGCGGAUUCCAAGAAGAAUGGUGGCUCGGGAACGGCGGAUAAUAUUUCACUAGAAGAACGCCAGAGAUUGGGACGCUAUGGCAUUUGGUUGCUAGUGGGUCGAUGUACACCCACUGCAGAUACACCUGUCGAAGUAUUGGGCAGGAUUUUGAGUAUGCUGUUCCAUUGGUUCCAUGUUACUGCAUAUUCCUAUCACUCUGCUGGACAGGUAGAGAGCACCAUUGAGAAGCUUAAAGUUGAUCAUGUCUGCAAUUGGUUAAAGGAAAUCUGCCGCAUUCAUUACAAUGUCUUCAUAUCCUGCCUUUUGCCUCAUCCACCGGAAUAUGCCCGUGUGGGUGGCCAUUGGGAAACCUUGGCAUCACGCACGAGCCACUUGAAAGAGGGUCUCCAGAGAUUGAUAUGCCUUGUGCCCUAUGAAGUUAUAACUUCAGAGAUUUGGGACUAUGUGAUGCCACACUGGAUGGAGGCAAUCACCAAUGAUGUGGCCGAAAAAGAGUUAAAUGAGCUUAAAAUUGUUCUAAGCAAAAUUUUAGAUCCGGAAAUGUCUCCCUUGGGAUUCGAUGCCAAGACCAUGUACAACUUUGUGGCCAUACGUUUUGAGAAGACCACGGCCAAGGUGCAGCAACAGGCUUUGCAUUGGCUGCAGAUCCUAACCAAACUAGAGAUACUUAUACCUUUGGUUCAACUAUUCGCCAUGUUUGGAGAUGGUGUCAGAAUCAUGAAAUAUGGCAUACAACACGAAUUGAUGCGUGAGAAGGAGAAGGAUGCCAAAGCCCCCAAAACCAUGUGCAAGGAGAGCAAGGAAACUAAAGCCGACAUGGCCAAUCCUCCCAGAAGAAGUUCUAUCUCUCCUGUGGUGGAAGAUGACUCUGGCAAUACUUCUGCCAUAUCCGAUGAUGAGGCUCCUACUAAUCGUCAUACCGAAUUCUCUACCGAUGCCGAGCAUAAUCUAACCUGCUGCAUUCUAAUGUUGGAUAUUCUUCUCAAGCAAAUGGAACUGCAGGAUAUAGAACAGCAUAUGGGCAUACAUACGAGUGUGUGUGAGAAUGUCUCACGAUUGAUUAAAUGCAUGGUAACUGCUGCUCGUGUGGGCCUAAGUAGUCAUGUGUGCGCCCUGAAGGUGGCGGAAUGUGCCUAUUGCGAGGCAUCAAUUAUGUGGCAUCAGCUAUCAACCAAAUUGGUGCAAUUCAUGGCUCCUCUUAAUCCAGUUCGUCCGCCAGAUGUGCCCAUCGAGGACAUCAUAGAAGAGGAGAAAUCCUCACGUAAAUCACCACCUGAAUCGGAUAAAGAGAAAUCUCGCGAACGCGAUGUAUCCCUAUCAAUGGCUCCGCUGCCCAUUCCUUUGGGUCCUUUAGGAGGUUUUGCAGAUAUCUUUAAGCUAGAUCAAUUCUUUUCAGACGAUGGAAAAAUUAUUAUAAUGGCAGGUCCUGUUCCAGUGGCCGUACCUCAACCAGAACCGCACUCUGUGGGCGGAGUGCUCGUCCAUAUGCCCCAUGUCUGUUCCAAUAACGAAAAUGGGCAUUCAGUUGAUAGUAAUGAAUUGAGAAAAGUUCACGCCACAGACGAGAUAAUGACGGCUACUGUAGAGACAGUUUCAGAGCAACUUGAUUUGGCUUCAAUUUUGCCAACAGAUCGAGCCAUCGCCCGAUCUAUAACCCUGUCUGAUGCGGAUGUGGGCAGUGCCAAUGUUAGUGUCACCAAAGCUUCGGUAAUGGGUGAGAAUGGUGGAGCCAAUGGCAGUCUGCAUGAGAAUGGCAGUGGCUCCGAGGAGGAUGAGGAGGAAGACAGUGAUGACUUUUGGCAUACUUCGGUGGGUAAAUUUAAGUUUACCCUGGAUCAGUUGCCACAGACCCUGCAGUAUAUACAUCAAUUACUUACUGAAAUUCCAACGAUCAAGAAGCCGGAAAUAUUGUAUUAUGUCCUGCAAUGUCUGAAUACCAUGGCCCUGCAUGGUGAUGCACUGACCAAGGCAGCUCGAGAGCAUCGAGGAUUUUUCAUUUGGUGUCAGGAGAACUUACUAAUCAAGAACCUCUGGGAACUGUGCAAUGCCGAGCACUCGCACAUUUGCCAAGUUGGUGUCCCACUUUUGCUGCACUGCAUCACGUUGUCUUACGGCUCGGAUGUCUUUUGGCGGGUCGUCCAGGAGGCUUUCCACGAUGUCGAUUGGCGUGUUCGCUUCACAGCAGUGGAACGAGUAACCGUGAUUACACGUUUUAUGGAUUCGACACCGCUGCGCUCGGAGGUCGGCUUGCAAACGGCAUUGGCGACGGCCUUUUGUCAUCUGAUUGCCAGCAUGGAUGACAUCAAUGUGUAUGUGGCGCAGCGGGCGACCUUGUAUAUCGGAACCAUACAUGAUACGGCAAUACGGUCACUGCUCUUCUGCUUGGAGUCUCAGUUCGAUCUGUUCAUUGUGGAUCGUCCGGUUGUUCUGCAGUCGGUAUAUCAAUUGCACAAUUCGCUCUCCGAUCGCAAGAUGCUGGGAUGGGAGUUCUUCCUGAAUCGCUUUGACACUCUCUUCGUUGAGGCGCAAAUAAAUCUAGAGAAAUGUGGCGAUAUCUCGUAUCUGCGAGAUCUACGCAAUUCGGAUAACGGUAGCGAAGCACUCUCGGCCAAAAUCCAGAAGGCAAGGGAGGCUCUAAGCCAGUCGGACACUAGUGGCAGCAUGGCCAAGACUCUGAGUGCUUCAUUUGGAACUAAGUGGCCAUAUAAGAGGACUAUGUCGGCUCCAGCCAGCAUGGCGCCACGACAGGAUAGCAAGUUUGUGCCCGAAAAGGAGAAGAUCUAUAGUCGCCAGGUAUCGGCGCCCAUAUUGAAACGGAAGACAUCUCGCUUCGGAUUGGGUCAGUUUCUAGGCGGUAGUAGUAGUGGUAGCGGUGGGGGUAAUCAGAAUGCCAAUCCAGCAACAGUAAUAACAACAACAAAUGUUUCAAGCACAAGCACAGGCACACGACCGAAAACAAUGCCAUCCUGUCCCAUACAUCAUCAGCAUCAUCAUUAUCACCAUCACACAGCCUUUCCCUAUCACCAUCAUUAUCUCCAUUUGCCCCCCAACCAACAUCAUCACACAUCACAUACGUCGCCAGCGCCUCAUCAUCCACAACAACAACAUGUAGCAACCACCUCAAAUUUAGCCUCAGCCUCGGCUCAUAGUCAGAGCCAUCAGUAUUUAGUGCAUUGUGUACCACCUAGUCAUCUAAGUCCGAUGCCCACGCUGCAGGAGGCGGAAACAUUACUGCGAUCGCAGGCGGCAGCAUCGACAGCAGCCACGACACGGGAUCCCAAUGUCGAGCCCUCAACAGUGGCAUCAGCCACAAUCGCAUCAGGGGCAGGAGGAGCAGCAACUGCAGCGGUCUCCAAUAUCUCCACAACGCAUCCACCACAUCCGAAUCCCUCGCAUUCCUUUCAUUCCCAUUUCCAAAAACAUCCUUCGGCCCCAAACCUAUUGCCACCACAGCCUGCUGUCCCAGCACCUAGUCCAAGUCCUUCGGCUCUGGCCUUUCCCAUGCAUUGCACUUGUGAGAAUGCCGCACAGCCACAUCCGGUCUCAGCAGCAGCGGGCGUUAAUAGCGGCACGGCCAAUCCAGAUGGUCACAUCCAUUCGCUGGGUGGCCUAAACGAUGAGAAUCUAAUCGGCCUGCUUAGUCGUAUCACCGAGCUGGAGGAAUCAGAUCGUGAAACAAUACAUUUGCUUGUCUUUAUGUUAAUGCAGUUCAUGUCACGCACGGAUCAAGCCUUUCCAUCGGAGGAUAAACCCAUGUCGAAGACCCAAAAUAUAGUGUUAAAGCAUUUGUUCCUCUUAUUGGGACACAAUCAGAUCGAUAAGACCUUCCACACUACGCCGGAAUGCUUGAGGGUCUCAGCCGUUUUCAAUGCCUUUCUGGCCAAUUUGCCACAAGUUCUGGAUCAGAAUCAUCUAAUUGGUGGUUUAAUUCUGCCUUCGGUCAUGCAGAUCAUUCUCUAUGCUCCCAGUCCCACGCAGACUUCAGGUGAAUCGUAUCAGAAUAUAGUCUUCAAUUACUCCCUAUGGCAUUUGGAGCAAUAUCCGCGUCGAAAUUGGCUCUUCACCCUGCUAGUUGUGCUGUAUAAGUAUUCGUACACCCAACCACCUCUCAGUGGUUAUGUCAUUUCCGCAAUUCGAUUGAUAAUGAAUAGUUUGCGGGGACAUUUUCAUCAAUGUCGUCGUAUACCAACAACCACAAUUCUGGAUAUUCAAGGUGUUGUAAGUGGAGCAUCACGUUCGCGCGAUGUGAGUCAACCAUCGUUGGGCACUGAUCCGGAUGAUAAGGCCAGUCCACCGGCAAGUCCCAUGUUUCCAUCAGAGGGCACUAGUGCCGCCUCCAAGAGCAAGGGUGGGCAGAAUGUGGCCUUUACACCCAAAUUGCAGCAUGCCUUCAGGAAAUACAACGAUUCUAGUCUAGAUGCAGAUGAAACCGAAUCAGAACUAGUGGCCAUACCAGAGAGUGAUCUCUCGGAUAGUACACUUCAUGGCAGCAGUGCACCAGGUUCCUUCGAUGAUACCAUACACUUUGAAGAUGUUUUGCCGCGCAAUCGUCGUACUGUGGAAUACACAGAAGAGAAGUCAACAAAAUCCCAUAAAUCAAUGAUCACAACCAAAAUCGGGGAUACGUAUACAACAAAAAUCAAGGCCACCAAUGAGACGACGAUGGUCACUCGGCAUAGUCUUCAGGAAGGAGUUCGCAUGAUUGUGACUCCUUUGGUUGGGGCAGAGACCACAGAGACUGCUGUGGUUAGUCCACCAGUCGAUGUCCAUCGUGCGGUGACUGUUCGAAAUAAAUCUUUAGAAAAUGCUGCAGCCUCCACCUCGAAAAUGUUUGCUGCCAUAGCCACCAAUCAUUUGCAAGCCCUGGGCGCCUUACAGGAUAUGUCAAUAUCCGUUGGAAGUGGAGAAAGAAAGACCAGCUCAAGCAACGGCAGUGGUAGUCGCUCCACAAAUGGCAAUGCCAAUGCAUCUGCACCUCCUCCACCGCCGACCAAGCCCAUUGGACGCCACAAGACCAUAGUGGAGUGCAGUGCCGGCAACUCUGGCAGUUCCUCGACUGAUGACUCACGUCAAAAGAAGUCGCAAGCAAAGUCACUGAAGCGCAACGAGAAAAUGAACUACGGUUCGCCAGAUUCACCUUUGUCCAAGAUGAGUGUCAUGCCAAAUCCGCGUGAUGAACCAGAUGAGGCAGCUGCAGCGGGAUUGCCGCCACCCAAGAGUAUAGCUGCUCUGGAGAUACCAACACCAGAGCGUCUACUGCCCAUAGGAACACAGGAUACAGUUGCCGCUUUGGUAGAACGAGUUCGCGAUGGCCUUAAUCUGCCGGACAUUAGUCACUUGAAGCAGGAUAGCCUUGAUGUGUCGGAGAGCACCAAAGAUGAUGUCACUCCAAGUAGUCGAACUCAGUCACCUCGUCGUCUAAUCAAGCAAGUGGCCCUGGAAUCUCCGCCCAAUCCAAAUGCUCCAGUCACUAUGACGGCCCAUCAACAACAGCAGCAACAGCAGCCAUCCCAAGAUUUACAUACGUCCAUUUUAAAGAAUGUGCAACAGGAGCUUAAGCAACAUGGUCCAAAUUCUGCUGGCGGUGGAGGAGCAGGAGGCGGAGGCUUGGCUCCUAACAAUAGCAUCAAAAGACCUAGACAGAAAUUGGCACCCUUCACAGUGGAUACCAAUGCCAUUCCAGAUAUACGCUCUCGCUAUGCUGGCUCCUGGCCGCCUCCACCCUUUCAGCCUGCAGAACCAGAGCUUGACGAUGAAUGCGAAGAAGCUGGGGCUGGAGCCGGAGCUGCUGCAAGUGAAACCAACAAUGGGCAUGGCCAUACAAAUCACGACCCUCACGCUCCACGUGGAAGUUCUCGUCGCGUGGGUGACUAUACCGUAGUGGAGAGAUGCUCGGAUUGCGGCGCCCACAUCGAGGAAUACACCGAUGAGGAAAUUGGCAUACUAAUUGUCAUUCUAGGCACUUUUAUCCAUCGUGAACCGGCCAUGGCGGCUCCCUUUCUGCCCGAAAUUCUUACCAUGACAUCACGCAUCUGCUUGAGCUGCACUCAUGCAUGGCAGGGAGAAAAUGGGCCACCAUUGGCUAGCAGUGCCCAGGCCGUGGCUCUGCAGUUUAUUCGCUGUGUCCUGCAUCAAUUGGCGCCUAAUGGCAUCUUCUUGCAAGUGUUCCAGACCCAAAUGAAAAUGAAAAUACGUCACAAUCAUUUCCGUAGUAUUGCCAAGGCUUUGCAGGAUUUCCAAGAUUUGAAUGCCACCAGUCCGAUUUAUAUGGUCUGCGAUUCGCUGACAUCCAAGAAGGCCUUGCCCAUUGAUCAAUUACCCGUCAUUUUCCGCAACAUGGCGGAAUAUUUGAAUCUUCAGUGUGUGCCCGCAGAGGCGGGAGUUGGACUCGCUGUUUGGUCGCAGGCAAUGCAGGCCAUGGAGACCCUUUUGAGGCAGGUCAUUGUCAUCAUGCCCAACCUAAGCAAUGCCGAGUAUCUGCUAGACAUUAUGGCCGCCACUUUACGUUUGAAUUGCGUGCCCAAAACUUUACUCGAUCCGUAUUCAAAAAUCAUGGCAUACUGUGUCCAACAUACCAAUCUAGAGUAUCAGACAUUGUAUGAACUGUGCACCCUGAACACUCGGUCCUUCAGCAAGGAUAGGGACAAGAAUUUGCUUUGUCGCCAGAUGAUUUUUGAGUUCGUCCAGGCGCUGAAAUUUAAAUCCAAUAUUCCCGAUCACAAUUUGCUAACAGUUAUUGGUUUUGUUCUCCUCGAUGCUGGCGGUACCAUGCCACCUGGCUCUUGUCCUGGCCUGCCAGAUGCUGCUCCUGUGCUGACCACCAAUGCAGCGGAUUGUUUAAGGCAGUAUAUAAACGAUGUGAUUGAUUUCUUGGCCGAUUUCCAUACGCUAAGCAAGAUAAAGAACUUUAAAAAUGGUCAGGUAAGCAAUGGCCUGGGUGAGGACACUCUGGGUGGCGUCCUAAAGGGUGCUGUGGCCCAGUAUUUGGCCUUGGAAAUGUCUCGAGGCAAUUCUAGAGACAACAAAGCGGUGUCUCGCUAUCUGCCCUGGCUAAACAAUGCUCCUUCUUCACUGCAACAGGGCCCCAAAGAGUUUACAGAAUGUGUGGGUCAUAUGCGUUUGCUAUCCUGGUUGCUCUUGGGUUCACUUACACACAUGGCCUUGAUUCAGCGGCGACAGGAGACUCACACCAUACCAACACCUCUGCCACCAAAUCCGACACCUGGCCAGGGUCAACCGAUUGCGGCAAGUGUUCAUUAUCAGCAUCAGGGUGUAACCUAUUCCCAGCCAGUGCCGCAAGAAGCCUCUUGCCAUAUAGCCGAUCAUAUACAAGUCAUAUUUGCUGGCUUUGCCGAGCAAUCGAAAACCUCUGUCCUCCACAUGUCUUCGCUUUUCCAUGCCUUCACCUUGUGCCAGUUGUGGACAGUCUAUUUGGAACAAAUGGCUCACAAUACCAGCAGCAAUGUGGAGGGCAGCACUUUGGGCGUUCUCUUUGAAUUCUGGGCCAAGGUCACACCGUGUAUUCUUCAGCUUGUCUCCCAUGCCAAGCCAACGGUGCAGAAGGACGGUCACGGCCAGCAUCAGCAACACCAGCAGCAGCAGCAGCAGCAAGCCCAAUGUACUGUGGACUUUCAGACUCAAAGUUCGAAUUCCAAGCUAUCUGAAAUGGUUAAUUUACAUUUUCUGAGUCUGCUAGAAGCCUUGAAAGAUACAAACUCUACAGUGCUGGGCAAACUGUUGCCCAUGUGGAGUCCUGUAUUGUCCUCGCAGACUCAACUCUCGGAUACUUUGCACGUGCGGCUACAGAAUGUACGAGACUAUGCUCCUGACUACGAGGAGCAGCAAGCUAAUAAGUCGGAGGCUCUUCUCAAAUGGCUGCAACGUUUGCAAUUUAAAAUGGGCCAAAUCGAGCUGCAAGCCUCAACGGCCACCCAAUUCUAUUCCAUAUAAAUAGCACUUUUAGUGAAGAAUUUAUGUAGUAAAUGUUUUGCAUAUAACAGAAUAAAUAGUUAACAAUGUUCGUUGGUA